AUGCUUUCAAUGAUCAUACCAUUGUUCAUGUUGUCUACCUUACAUGCAAAUCCUCUCUUUACAUAUUGCUUCAAUGAUGCAAUUAACUAUACAGCUAAUAGCCAAUUUGAAGAUAAGCUCCAGCAGAUUCUUCAGUGGUUACCUUCCAAUACUUCGGUAACAGGAUUUUACACUAACUCUUUUGGAGAUGGUGCUGAUCGUGUGUAUGGGGAAGCUCUUUGUCGAGGGGAUGUCACCCCAACUAUUUGUCAGAAUUGUAUUAAAAUUGCAAGCCAAGAAAUCUUGAACGGAUGCAGGAGUGAAGAAAAAAUUAUAUGGUAUGCAUUGUGUCAAAUUCAUUAUUCCUUCCAAAAUUUCUCUUCGCUGAUGGUUUAUACUGGAAAGUACCCCGAUAGCAAUAGUCUGGAGAAAAAUGUUUCAAAUCCUUCUCAUUUUAAUGAAGUUUUAAUGUGCUUAAUGGAUAACCUCUCAAGUGAGGCUUCAUUUACUCCAUCAAAGCGCAUAUUUGCAGUCGGGGAAAUCAAAUUUUCUAAAAGCAAUAUAUACGUUGUACAGUGUACCCCGAACAUCAAAGAAUCUGACUGCCGUAGUUGUAUAACCUUCGCCCUGGGAGAUCUCAAGGCAUGUUGCCAAGGUCGUCAAGGUGGGAUUGUCGUUAGCAGAAAUUGUAAUGUGAGAUUUGAACUGUACCGCUUCUACAAUGCUACAAGUAUAUCUUUAACAUACCCAUCUCCGGCAGGAUUACAAGUCCAGGGAGUACUGUUUACUUCCUCGUGUUUGUUCAAUGGAAGUAACUGGAGGAAAUGGAGGAUUGGGAUGGUUGUAGCGGUUACAUGCAUAUCAGCCUUUGUAAUAGCUGUACUCAUAGUGUCCUAUGUUGUCUAUAUCCGGUGGAAGAAAGGAGGACAAGAAGAUGAGGAAAGAAGCCAACAUGGUUUGUUUCAUGAAUUGGCAAGACCAACACCAGUCACACUAGCACAUGAAGGAGACUUUAUCGGUUCUGAGGAAUUAACCUUCUUGCAUCUGGCUAUUAUAGAGGCAGCUACAGAUGACUUUUCUGAUUCAAAUAAGCUUGGAAAAGGUGGGUUUGGCACUGUCUACAAGGGUGUGUUACCAAAUGGGAAGGAAGUAGCAGUUAAAAGGUUGUCAAGGAGAUCGUGGCAAGGUCUAGAUGAGUUCAAGAAUGAAAUCAUAAUAAUUGCAAAACUUCAACACAGGAACCUUGUAAGAUUGCUGGGAUGUGCAGUAGAGGAAGAGGAAAAGCUGCUUGUAUAUGAGUACAUGCCUAACAGAAGUCUUGACCUCUUUAUCUUUGAUUCUGAGAGACGAUCACAACUUGAUUGGAAGAUGUGCAACAAUAUUAUUGGUGGAAUUGCUAGAGGACUUCUUUACCUUCAUGAAGAUUCUAGGCUUAAAAUCAUUCACCGCGAUCUAAAGCCAAGUAAUGUAUUGCUUGACGAAGAGAUGGUUGCCAAGAUUUCAGAUUUUGGCAUGGCAAGAAUAUUUUGUGAUGAAAAUCAGAAUGCAGCUAAGACCAGGAGGGUAGUUGGAACAUAUGGAUACAUGGCUCCAGAAUAUGCUAUGGAGGGACUAUUCUCAGUCAAAUCUGAUGUUUUCAGUUUUGGGGUUGUUCUGCUUGAGAUCAUAAGUGGUAAAAGAAAUAGCGGCUUCUAUCUUACAGGACAUGCUCAAACACUCCUUGCAUAUGCAUGGCAACUGUGGAAUGAAGGAAAAGAACUGCAAUUUGUAGACCCUGUAUUGAUGGAAUCAUGUUCAACGCCAGAGGUGAUGAGAUGCAUACAUAUUGGGCUAUUGUGUGUGCAGGAAGAUCCCGCAGUCAGACCCACCAUGUCAUCUGUUGUGGCUCUUUUGGGCAGUCCAUCAAUAGGUCUUCCUGAACCAAGGCAGCCUGCAUUUUCUGUAGGUAGAAUUGUUCUCCCUAAUCAGUCUUCAACAACAGAUCAUUCUGCAUGUGACAUGACACUUUCUAGUAUCUCGCCAUGCAAGUGAAGCUAAAUAGAUUGUAAGUAGUGACAUGAAUGUCUAUCCCAUUAGAAUAAUAAAGAAUUUAUUACGCUCCAUAAGACA